UUAUUGUGCGUUGACCCUUUCGUUUCCCAACCAUGUGUUGAAUGAAAAACAUUGUUUUUGACACUUUGUUUGCUGUAUGUUUUUAAUAACAAUUGACAGUCAUUUUACAAGAAGAAAGUUUCAAAAUGAAUAAGUUAGAAAAUAGUAAUGUUGAAGAUUCAAAACCUAGUGACAUCGAUUAUAAUCAUUCAAAUGAAAAUGAGCACAAGCCUUGUCCAGAGUUUGAGUUUCCAAGAGCUUCCUGUUUUUUUUGCAAUGGAUACUACGGACCAUGCUUUGAAGAACCUGUUUGCACUACAUGCCAUUCAUUUUUAUUCCCAGAUAAUAUUGGAAUGUUACAACUUCAAGUAAUAAGUGAGAAAACUGAUGAUGAAGAUUCAGGAAAUGAUGAACCAACUGAUUUGUGCUACAAUAGUGAUCGAAGAUCGGGUCAGCACCAACAUGGUUCGUCACAAAUUUCCAACAAUUUUGCUUCAAAUCAAGAAUUACGUCAGCAACUUAUGAAAGAUCACUUAUUACCACAACAAUAUUUUCUUAAUUUGCAAAAACUUUCGCAGGACAAUGAUCGUCAUAAAGUUAAUACUAGUAAUGUUACUGCUUUUCAAAACAUAACAUCCACGCACAAUCAUCCAAGCAUUACCGGUGAAAAUAUAAAUCCAGAAAAUGCUACUAAAAAAAAUACAACUUGUACUCAAGAUUUUCAUUUUCCAACAAAUGAAAUUUUGGAACAUGAUUUUCUAACGUUAACAGGUGUGAAAAAUAUUAAAGACCUCGUACAGGAUUCAUCGAAUUUUCGCAUAACAUCCGAAGUAGCAGGACCAUCGAGACCAAAAAAUUUAUCAGAAAGAUUAGAGAUUUUAACUAAUCAUAAACAUAUUGAACAUGAACCUGUUAGCGAACCUGGUGUUAUAGAAAGAUUACCACCUGAAGUAUUAUUAACAAUAUUUUCGUAUUUAGAUGAUUUAAGUUUAUGGUCUGCAAUGAAUGUGUGUCGAAGGUGGUGUGGAUUAUUAUCGACACAUUUGACUUCUACACAGUGGCAACAAUAUGUCAAAUUACGUUGGCCUUUGUAUAAACCUGUCAGUUCCGUUGCUGAUUGGUAUAAGGUAUACGAUUUACUUGCAUCAUCAACUCCAUGUCGAACAUGUUUAAUCCAAACAUCAUUACAAACAAAGCUUCCGAGAAUGGAAGAAAAUUCCUGGCGUCGGAAUAGAUUACGCAGUGAAUUAAAAAGUUUAAGAAUGGAUCCUCCGGAGGGUAUUGAGGCUACACCUCUAGAUCAAAUGUGUUGUCAUUGGCAAGCGACUAUUACAGGACCUACUGGAAGUCCUUAUGAAGGUGGACUUUUCUUCUUGUACCUACAAGUUCCAUACAGUUAUCCAAUGCGACCACCAGUUGUUAGAUUUCUUACAAAAAUACUACAUCCUAAUGUUUCGAGACAUGGAGAUGUUGGAAUUGACUCUAUACAUCACAAUUGGUCUUUAGCUUUAACUAUAUCAAAAGUUCUUAUAAGCGUCCAAAGUUUGCUCACCGAUCCAUACUGCCAAGUCUGUAUGGAACCCGAAUUAGGAGAAAUGUACAUGAACGAUAAGGAAAAAUUCGAAGAAGUGGCAAGGUUAUGGACUUGGAAAUAUGCUAUACAUGACGUUAUUACACCUUAUUAGAUUUUAUUCAUUGAUGUUUUAUUUUUUAGUCGAAAAUAUAAAUUUUAUUAUAGAAUUUACUUCAAAUUCAAUGGCCUACAAAUCUCCAUAAGCCUUGAAAUUUGUUUACCUGUAAUACACUGAAAAAAAAUUUAUUCGAUUCAAAUAAUCGGUUACUUGACUAUUAUCAAAUAAAUAUUUGCUUGAACCAAAUAAUUUUUAUUUGAAUUAAAUAAACUGUAUUUGAGCCAUUAAUUUUUGUAUUUGAAACAAAUACCAUUUAAUUCACGCAAAUAAUAAUUAUUUAAUAAUAGUCAACUAAUCGAUUAUUUGAAUCAAAUAAAUUUUUUUUCAGUAUAAAAUGUCCUGGAAUAUUCGUCACGGUCUUGGAAUGUUUUUUUUAGUUAAGAAACUGACGAUUAGUUAAAUUUCCAGUACAUCAAAAUGCGUUAAUUUUUUAUUAAGAACAAGACUUAUGAUUUUUUUUAUAUAUUAUUAUUAAAGUUAUAAAAAACUAAAAAAAUCUCUAGUUAUAGUACUAAAUGUCUAAAACAUGAAUUGCACUUUUUUUCUAAUAUGAACGUAAAAUGCAAAUGAAUCUAAAUUCGAAAUUUGUAAUUCGUUAAAAAUUCCUUUUUUAUAUUCUUAAAAAAGUUUUCUUUUAUUUCAUUUUCUACUUACACUUUAUUACUAUUCUAUGUGCGAUAUUAAAAAAAGGAAAAUUUGUUAGUAGACAUAGGACAUGAAGUUUAGAAACGAAUAUUUUAUUUAAAUAAAUUUAUUUUGUAUAUUCUAAACUUAUACAAUCAGGCUGUACAGUACGUUUAUUAAAAUGUGUUUUUUU